CUGCAAUACAAAACAACCUCUUCAGUGAUCUUUGGUUAGUAAACUAAACCAAACCAAGCUUGUUCCUAACUCUUGGAACCUUCUAUUUUCUCUUUUCCUUUCCUCUCACUGAAACCAUGACACCCAACAUCACUGUCAAUGGCACCACUGAGCAAAUCAAACGUAGUAGUGACCGUGCCUUUGUGACUUUCCUUGCUGGGAAUGGCGAUUACGUGAAAGGUGUUGUGGGUUUGGCCAAAGGGUUGAGAAAGGCCAAAAGCAUGUACCCUUUGGUGGUUGCUGUGUUACCUGAUGUUCCUGAGGAACAUCGUGUGAUUUUGAAAUCUCAAGGUUGCACUGUCAGGGAGAUUGAACCUGUGUACCCACCUGAAAACCAGACACAGUUCGCCAUGGCUUAUUAUGUCAUCAAUUAUUCCAAGCUACGUAUUUGGGAGUUUGUGGAGUACAGCAAGAUGAUAUACCUAGAUGGUGACAUCCAGGUUUUCGGAAACAUUGACCACUUGUUUGAUCUUCCUGAUAACUAUUUCUAUGCUGUGAUGGAUUGCUUCUGCGAGAAGACUUGGAGCCACAGCCCUCAGUACCAGAUUGGUUACUGCCAACAGUGCCCUGAUAAAGUUCAGUGGUCCUCUCAUUUGGGUCCUAAACCUCCUCUAUAUUUCAACGCUGGCAUGUUUGUCUAUGAACCUGAUCUUGUCACUUACCGUGAUCUUCUUCAAACACUUCAAAUCACCAAGCCCACAUCUUUUGCUGAGCAGGACUUUCUGAAUAUGUACUUCAAGGACAAGUACAAGCCUAUACCAAACUUGUACAACCUUGUGCUGGCUAUGUUGUGGCGUCACCCUGAGAAUGUUGAACUUGACAAAGUUCAAGUGGUUCAUUAUUGUGCUGCUGGGUCUAAGCCUUGGAGAUUCACUGGGAAGGAGGAGAACAUGGAGAGGGAAGAUAUCAAGAUACUUGUGAAGAAGUGGUGGGAGAUAUAUGAAGAUGAGACACUAAACUACAAUAACGACAACUCUGUGAAUGUGGAACGUUUGUCUUCAGCACUGUCGGAGGCUGGUGGCAAUAUUCCACUCGUGUCAGCACCUUCUGCUGCAUAAUGUGCUUGCUUCUCUGCUUAUUACUACUAUUUACAUCUAUAAGUUAGAGUCUAACGACGACGAAGACGACAAAGUAUAUGCAUAGUUAUUUGGUUUAUAGUUUUGGGUUUUAUGAAGGGAACAACGUCUAUGGCUUUUGGACACUGGACGAUGACCUUCACGUAGUGAGAAGUUAUAAAACUUUUUAUUAUAAGCUUUAAAAGGGAUUAUUAUAUUUGUUUUCAUUUAUCAGA